AUGAUUGUGAUUUUCGGAUCCCUGAAGGGGUUGCUCAAGAUCGAUGAAGUGUGCAUCGAUAACAACAUCUUCCGCCUGCACUACAAGGCAACCAUGAUCUUUCUCAUUGCCUGCUCCCUGCUAGUGACCAGCAGACAAUACAUCGGGGAUCCGAUUGAUUGUAUCGUAGAUGAUGCUGUUCCUGCCAGUGUGAUGGACACCUACUGCUGGAUCCACAGCACAUUCACGAUCCCGAAUCGUGUGGGAGAAAAAGUUGGUGAGAAUGUGCCACAUCCCGGAGUUGGACCCGAGGGUGACGAUGAGAAGAAGUACCACAAGUACUACCAGUGGGUGUGCUUUUUCCUGUUCUUCCAAGCCAUUCUCUUCUAUGUUCCGCGCUAUUUGUGGAAAACCUGGGAAGGCGGGAAGAUUAAGAUGCUGGUCAUGGAUCUGAACAGUCCGAUUGUUGAUGAAGGAACCAAAGAUUCGCGCAAGAAGCUUCUGAUAGAUUACUUCAUGAACAAUCUACACAGCCAGAACUUUUACGCGUUGCGAUUCUUCCUCUGCGAGGCGCUCAACUUUGCAAAUGUUAUCGGACAGAUUUACUUCAUGGACACCUUUUUGGGUGGAGAAUUCACCACGUAUGGUUCUGACGUGCUGAAAUUCCAAGAGCUAGAACCAGAAGACCGAACGGACCCGAUGUCGAAAGUGUUUCCAAAGGUUACCAAGUGUACCUUCCACACUUAUGGUGUGUCGGGAACUGUGCAAAAGAUCGAUGGACUCUGUGUGUUGCCCCUGAACAUCGUUAAUGAGAAGAUCAUGGUGUUCUUGUGGUUCUGGUUCAUCAUCGUUGCUGUGGCCUCUGGACUCGGGCUUUUGUACCGAAUUGCAGUUGUGUUCACGUCCCAGGUCCGAUUGGUGCUUUUGCGAUCCCGAUCAAGACUCUCCUCAACCGAAGACAUUGAAUUCAUCAACUCGAAAUGUGAGAUCGGCGAUUGGUUUGUGCUCCAUCAGCUCGGCAAGAACAUGGAUCCGCUAAUCUUCAAAGAGUUCAUUAGUGAUUUGGCGAUGAAGUUGAACGGAAAAGAGCCCUGA